AUGGCCGUUUCCCAGACCUCCAGCAUACCACGCGUGCAACAACCCCUCGGCAAGCCCAGCCCCUACAUCAUCCCCGCCUACGAAGGCGAAACCAUCACCAUCCCAGGCACCAAGUCUACUGUGCGCAUCCUCGCCAGCGCAAAAGAGACAGAAGGUCUGAUAUCCGUCUUUGGCAUGGACGGCGCCCUCGCCGAUGCCCCCGGCUUCCACUACCAUGACUUCGCGCACGACGUCUUCAUGUGCACAAAGGGUCACUUGAAGGUCUGGGCGGGUGAUCGGUGCAAGAUCCUCGGACCGGGAGACUUCUGCUACGUCCCGCCGAAGGUCGUGCACCAGCCGGAGCUGCUCGACGACGGGAUCAAUGAGACGGUUGGGCUGGUGACGCCGGGACAGUGGGUGGACUUCUUCCGAUUCGUGUCGGAAAAAUACGACGGUGUUGUUGCGGACGAGUUCGACAACAGGAAUCCGGCAGACACGUUCGGACCCAAGUUCAGGGAGAUUAAAGAGAAAUACGAUGUUGUGUUCCAGCGGGGGUACCAAGGUGCGGAGGUCAGUGAGUGGACGAAAGAGGACUCCGUGCUGCCUGAGGAGGCUGGCAAGGAGUACUAUCUCAAAGCGAACACGGGGCCAUGUCAUCUGCUGGAGGGAGUUCUGAGUCGGCCGUUUAUCACGACGAAACAGAGCAAGGCAGAGACAGGAAACUUCGCGAUCACGAGUAUCGAGUCGAGCAACCGCCUCACAAACUCGGUGUUGAGCAAGCCUUUCACGUUCGAGAAGACGCAUCAGGUGUACCACGUGCUGGAUGGAGCGAUCAAUGUUACUGUCAACGGCAGCACAAACCUGGUUCGCAGCGGAGAGACAGCGUUUGUCCCUGCGGGCACUGAGAUUUCCAUCGACUUUGUUGACCGAUACAACCGCUUUUGGGCGUACUCGAGCGGCAACGGCUUGGAGUCGCUGAUAGCGGAUGCUGGCGGCAAGUUUGAAGGUACUAUCGUGCCGGAUCAGAGCAGAGCGCUUGAUACAGAGGCAUUAAAGAAGGCUGCGGAGAAGCACAGUGUCAAGAUCUUGUUGUAG